AUGUCUUCCUUCAUUGACAACAACUAUGUCUUGGACAUACUGAGCAUCGAGGCCAACGAUCAGCGCUGCCAGCCUUGGAAGCAGCACUUUGCCAGUGACCUUGCAGCUCAAGCCAACACUAUCAAUGAACCUGGCUUCGACACUGCAAAGGCGUAUGAUACGGCGAAGGCUUAUGACACUGCAAAGGCAUACGACACCACGAAGGCGUAUGACACCACGAAGGCGUAUGACACCACGAAGGCCUAUGACACUGCAAAGGCAUACGACACCACGAAGGCCUAUGACACCACGAAGGCCUAUGACACCGCAAAGGCAUAUGACACCGCAAAGGCAUAUGACACCGCAAAGGCAUAUGACACCGCAAAGGCAUAUGACACCGCAAAGGCAUACGAUACCGCAAAGGCAUAUGACACCUCUAAGGCAUACGAUACUGCAAAGGCAUAUGACACUGCCAAAUCCCUCGACAUGUUUUAG